AUGUCUCAAAUUGAAGAUGAAACUUUAAAAAAUUCUUUUACUACAGAAUUUGAUAAUUAUUUAAAAUUGACAAAUUUAAAAUGUGCUGUAUGUGACUAUCCAGCAAAAGGAUACCAUUUUGGAGCAUUUACUUGUGAAGGAUGUAAGUCAUUUUUUGGAAGGACAUGUAAACCUGAAUCAUUAUCAUUAUUAUUAAAAAGUCCCUCAAAUGAAGAAAAUUUAAAGAAAUGUGUUGAAAUUAUUUCAUUGAAAUGUAAAUAUAAUUUGAAUUGCAAUAUUAAAGGAAAAAAUAGAACUUUAUGUAAAGCUUGUAGAUAUAAAACGUGCCUCAAAGUUGGAAUGGCUCCCCAAAAUUCUCGAUAUGGUAGGAGGUCAAGAUAUUUUAAAAUAUCAGCAAUACUUGACAGCAAUGAUCAAAUAAAUGAGUCAUUAAGUGUAAAGCCUAAAAAUUCCAAUAAUUAUGUAAUGACAUUAUUUGGAGUACUCCAAGCUAAUGAUUCUUUUUGUGGAAAUUUAACAAUACAUACUCAAAAAAUUUUUUCACCAAAAACAUCACAAUUAGUCGAAACAAUAGAAACUGAUGAUUUAAAAGAUUGUCUAAACUACUGUUGUAGUCUUGAAAAUUGCAAUUCAGUAACAUUUUCUGGUAUUUUACGUUCCUCUAUGUCUUUAACAAAUGAUAAUAAUAAAAAUUGUCAAAUGUAUUCUUGCCCAUUAAAUAGCUGCCUUUUAGUAGAUGCUCCUGAACAGUCAACUGGUGUUGUUUCAAUUAUAAUUGGUAAAGACAUAUCAAAGAUAAUAUCUCAAAAUCUUUCAUUUAAUGAAGAAACAACAACCAAAGAAUUUCCUACUCCAGUUACGAUAGAAGUAAUUCCAGAAACUGUCAAAUCAACAACAUCAAAUUCUAUUUCUAGUAUAUUUAUAAAUCCAACAAAUUCUAGUGAAACAUUUGCCCCUGUAUGGAUAAUAGGAAUUUCUAUAAUAAUAACAAUAGUAUGUGUUGGGUCAAACAUGAUGUUCUUUGUUAUAUAUUUUUGCUUUAGAAGAUCAAGAAGAUUAAGGCAUACAGCAGAGAUAACUACAAUUAAAACACCAACAUUACAUGCAUUUAAUCCAACAAUAUAA